UUGUACCUGAGGUUAAGAAGAACGUUUGAAACGUAAACGAGACAACACCUUGGAAUAGCACAAGGUGUGGUGGGGAAAAUGAUGAUACUGUUGGGAAGGGUUAGAAAGGUGAAGCAGAGUGUCGCACAUCUUCGUCAUCUGUGCGACAACCCACAGAAACAUAUUCAAGACCUCGAAUUGCUUAAGUGCUUCAAAUCGGAGAUUCAGUUCGAGCUUUCUUCUAAUCAAUUUCAGAAUGCUGAAACUGGUUCAUUAGGGGACUUUGUGAUGGAAUCGGACUCACUCAGUUCCAAAGAUGUUGUUUUGCGAAGGAAAUUCGAUUCUGGUGAGGAAGUUGCAGUUUCUGCUAUUCUGGGGCCUCCGAACUACGACAAAGACACUGUUUUUCCAAGAGAUGCUUUUAUGAAAGUGUGCGUGAAAAAACCGACAUUGAGCUCCAUUUUGCAAUUUGACUGUGGAGUUCAUGAAGAAACCGAUAAGGGCUCUGAUUUUGACAUUUAUAAUGCUUAUUAUCUCAGAUCACCUGCAUUUCUCAAGCCUUCCAAUUACAGAGGCCCCUUAUUCAGCACAUUGGAUAGUGAGUUGCAACAUGCACUCAAGGAAUACCUGAUAGUCAAGGGCAUUGGUGUAAGCCUGACCAACUUCCUUCUCCACUACCUACACAAAAGAGAGCAAAAGCAGUAUUUGAACUGGUUGAAGAAAGGUGAAGCAGCAUUUUUAGCAACAGAAGGGUCUUUGAGGCAAUCUGUAGAGGGCUUGCAAUAGUGUCAAUUUUGGAACUUGACAACUUUUACUGAUCAAUGGUUUUGAGAGUUCGGAUAAUAAUAAUGAUUAGGUUGUCAAACAAUAUAGAAUUUCUUUUCUAAAUGGUAUGCGCCUGAACAUUUGAAGUUGGAAUAAGAUAACUUCUAUACAAGUUUAUUAGUUAAA